AUGUCUUUUGUGUUUGAUUUCGCGAGUCCUCAUGUUGCACUCACCGUGCUUAGCAUCGCCGCGUGCACAGGCGGUCUGAUCUACCUUCUUAGCUUGCUUAUCGACAGUCGCAAGAGCUCGAACAAGUUCCGGCGCGAUUCAUCACCGGGCCAGUCCACUGUGAGUACGGCCGAGAAGCAGAGCUAUGUGAACGCGUUCCCGCCGUCGCAGAGGGCCACUCUCGCCAAGCUCGGACCCCAGUAUGCCGGCAUCACGGAGGUGGACCUGGCCGCCACGCCGAAGCCCCUCCUCAAAAUGGGGACCGACUACCGAUCUGCCCCGGCCGGAGAGUUCAACUUCAGCGGCUUUAGUGUCGAUGACAUCCGGUCUCUUGGUGACUUCCCCGACUACGCGACUCUGUCCGGUGUCCCGCUGCCAUCGCCGCUAAAGGACUUCGACAUCAACAAGGCAGUCCCCCGGCCCUACCGUCCCUUCAGAUGGGCCUAUCACCAGACGAUGUACUUCUGGAUCGAGCUUGAGAAUACAUACCAUGGACGCAUCGCCCAGCGCCAGGAGCUGUACGCCAAGCACGGAAACGCCGUUUUAGAUAGUCUUCCAGGCUGUGAGCUUGCUUGCAAAGAGCUCAUGGAGAUGGUUGUACAGUUCGUAUGUACGAGAUAUCCAAACCAAUUCCAGGUUAAGGACGGAGUUCUCUUCAACCGCAUCCUCAAUACCGAGACCGACCUAAAGACAACUGAGCCGCUCAUCGUCCUUCUGAACAAUAUCCCCGAAGACUUCGGUAUUAUGCUCAGAGACCACGAGACAGGCCGAUACUUCCUCCGUGGGGGUAUGGUCUGCUCUUCCGUGGGAUGGAAUCUCAAGGACAAGGUCGGCCAGGGUUUGCCGGGCAUUCACAAGACAGUUCCUGACUACAAAGAAAAGAUGGAGUUCAGCAUGGAUCGCUUCUUCACCAAGAUGCCGACAUCUAAACCGAUUCAACGUGGGUCAUGGGGCCUGGAAAUGGGACAGCCGCUGUAUCUUCCAGCCGACCACCCGGACAUCGCCCACCGAGAGUCCCAGAACCCUGAUUUGAAGCCCGAGGACGUCUACUUGCGAGUCGACUGGCAGACUCUACGCCGACUCCCUCUCUCUGGCGCCAUUGUCUUCAACUUCAAGGCUUUGUUCACUCCGUUAUCAGAAUUCAAGGACGAGCCGUAUGUUCCGUCCAUCGUGCUCAAGGUCUUAAAUGAGGGCAAGGAAAAUAUUUUGAAGUACAAGGGCGUGUGGCACGUGGAGCAUGUUGCGAAACCAACAUUGGAGGCGUAUGAGCGAUUUCAGAUCGAGACGGGAAUGAUAGAGAAGGACUGGUCGCAUCAAACUCUGGCUGAAGCUCCAUUCUUCCCAGGUUGGGAGAGGAAGUGGGCUGUCGCAUGA